CCCAUGAGGAAAUCAGUAGCACAGGUGACCAUGAUCAUGGACUGUGAAGAAAUCCCUGAGUUCUCAUGUCCAGAGGAAGAAACUGCAUACUGGAAGGAGUUAUCUUUGAAAUAUAAACAAAGUUUCCAGGAGGCCCGUGACGAGCUGGCAGAAUUUCAGGAGGGCAGCAGAGAACUGGAAGCAGAGUUGGAGGCUCAGCUGGUACAGGCUGAACAGAGGAACCGGGACUUGCAAGCAGACAACCAAAGAUUAAAGCAAGAAGUGGAAACUUUAAAGGAGAAGCUUGAGCACCAGUAUUCACAAAGCUACAAGCAAGUGUCUUUGUUGGAGGAUGACUUGAGUCAGACCCGGGCAAUUAAAGACCAGCUGCAUAAAUAUGUGAGAGAGCUAGAGCAAUCCAAUGAUGACCUUGAGCGCGCUAAGAGGGCCACAAUUGUUUCCUUGGAAGACUUUGAACAAAGACUGAAUCAAGCCAUUGAGAGAAAUGCCUUUUUGGAAAGCGAGUUAGAUGACAAGGAAUCUCUGCUAGUUUCUGUACAAAGGCUGAAGGAUGAAGCAAGAGAUUUAAGACAAGAAUUAGCAGUACGGGAAAGGCAACAGGAAGUGACCAGGAAGUCAGCUCCUAGUUCCCCAACCUUGGACUGUGAGAAGAUGGAUUCAGCUGUCCAAGCAUCACUUUCACUGCCGGCAACACCUGUUGGGAAAAGCUGUGAGAACAGCUUUCCCUCUCCAAAAGCUCUUCCCAACGGUUUUGGUACCAGUCCCCUUACUCCCUCUGCCAGAAUAUCUGCGCUCAAUAUUGUAGGUGAUCUCCUAAGGAAAGUUGGGGCUUUGGAAUCGAAAUUAGCUGCUUGUAGAAACUUUGCGAAGGACCAGGCAUCGCGGAAAUCUUACAUUUCAGGGAACAUAAACAGCAGCAUGAUAAACAGCAAUGGCAUGAAGUUCUGUCAUUCAGGACACACGACAUUCUAUGACAAAGCCCCCUGUAGUCUUCUCCCUGCCCCCAAUUGUCGCUGGAUCCUGAAACAGCCACGCAUGUUUAUGGACCCAACCCAAUCUGCUGCUGCUGCUGCCUUAUGAAUGGCCUAUGGUUGGGUGGUGGGACUGAUUGAGGGCAGUCAAUGGCUUUGACCAAGGCCCACCACCAGGUCUAGGAGGGUCCAGACCAUCAUCAGCACCAGGCAUGCUCCCUCUGAGUGUAUGAAUGGGUUGCAAGGCCAUGAUGGGACUCUAAUUAGUUCGUGAAGGAACAAGAGCUGCUUGCAAAACUUUUCCGUUAGUGCCCCCUGCUGGAGCUGAGUGGGUUGUAGCACUCAGAAGCUGCCUGGAGAAGAUCCCAGCACACACAGAGCACUCCUUAUGUCAAUACAGUCUAUUUUCUUCUAUUUCCAUCGUGGACGUUCUUUAACGUGGUCACCGCUGAUGUCUGUCUCACAGGAUGCUGGAGUUGCACUUGCCUAAAUCACCUUCUCCUGCUGCCCCACGCUCGUUUUGUACCUCUGCUAAGUUGGGCCUACUUUGAGGCUGGAUGGCCCCUUAGCAACUCCUCCACCUCCUCCCACUGCUCCCCAAACUUUGCACAUAGGCACACAGGAUCCCAGUGCUGUAUUUCUUUUCCCCACCCUGCCCCCUUUCUGGAUGAGACAGCUCAUAUUCAAGGGAAGCCAGGGAAGGCCUAGAACUUCUCUGGCCAGCUGAUACACUUGGGAUGCAGGAUGAACCUGUAUGGACCUUCCAUUCUCCCAAUGAAAUGAUGAUGUAUCCAAUGGGCUUGAGACCUGAUGGAGCAGCCCUGCUAAAGAUCUAGCUGUGGUAUCUCCUCUGUGGAGCACAAGAAAUGUGUGUGUUGUGCAAUUAUGUCUCUGUUCACCAAAGCUGGUAAUUUUUAAAGUAGAGCAACACCCCUGUUUAAUUUUUUAAAAAUUUUAGUCAGCUUCAUCCUAUGCUGCUGGCUUUUGCCUAUCUUAUUUCAAUAAACCAGUGGUUUGGGGCUCUGGCUUCUUAGUGAGAUUUAGUGGGAAUUGCCUAAAAGCAAGGGAAAGAGAAGGGAAUAAAAGCCAGAGCAGGCUAGGGGCAAAUUGCCACUCACAGCUUGGAUUUUGUCAGCCCUUUUCUUGUGUGUCCUUUGCUGCAUUUACUGUUUACAUUUGUUUUACUGUACAUAGGUUUGUAAACAUAAUAUCUUUGCCUAAGAUAUUUGUACAUAACUUGGGCUUUGUAGCUUUAUUUAUUCAGAAUCUCUGAGGCAUGUUUUCCCUAGGACAGUGUAUCAGAUUUCUGUGGUGACUGCCAUCCUGUGGUUCAAUGAGAGAUGGUCCAAAAAUAAAGAUCUUUUAAUGUGGACACAUUGGCUUUUGCAGAAAA